AUGAACGAAGAGAAGGAAAACGAGAUUGAGGUAAAGAAAGUGAUAGAUAGAGUGAAGGAGAAAGAUAGAGGUAGAAGAGGGUGUACGGGGAGCACGGGGAGCACGGUAACGUUAGAAGAGUUAUGGAAAAGGAAGAGAGAGGAGUUAGAUAAGAGCGUGGAGGAGAAGGAGGAUAUUUUCAAGAGAAGCAAUAUAACGGCAAGAUCUCCAAAAACAGACGCAGAGAUAGGUGUGAGAGAAUUGAGGGAGAUAAUUGGAGAAAUGAGAGAGGACUUCAGGUCCAUGAGGGAGGAAUUUAAGAAAGGCUUCAAGGAGCAGAGUAGGAAGAUGAUAGAAGAAAUAAAGGAACUGAGAAAAAAGUUCAGGGAGCAGGAGAAGAGAUGGAGAGAGGAGAGGGAAGAGAUGAAAAAGCAGAAGGAGAAAGUAUAG